UAAUAAUUUUAUUAUUAUUAUUAUUUUUGGUUCUUUUUUUUUUCCUGUGGAUUUUUGGGGAGUUUUUCAAAAGGACACAGGAAAGACCUUACUGGGAAUGUCGGAAUGGUCCUGAUUUUCUUCCAGUUCUUGGUUUCCUGGGACAUGUUUGAGCGCCGCCGAGCUCCCCCGCACCCUGCUGCCUGUGUGUGAACCCCCUCUCUCCGCGCUGUGUGGAUGUGGUGACCCCCAAACCCUACAAGCAGCUCAGGAGCCUGAAGAGGGCACUAGUGCCCCCUUUUCCCAGGCCCGCCGCCCUCUCCUGAUUGGCUGGGCCCUGGAAGAUGAGUGCUGGCCCCGCCCAGGAUGUGGCUGUCGAGCGAUUCCUGCAGGACAUCGAAGAGAGGGGCGGGCGCGCGCACGGGGGGCUGAGCAGCGGGGUGGAGAGGAAGAGGCGUGGGGAGAUGAGCCUGCUCUACCACAAGACAAGACUGGACUGGAGGAACCGCGACCCGGACAGCACCGAGCACAAGAAGAGCUCCGGUAAGGAGGUUUCCUCGGCGACGGUGGGGAAGAUUCGGGACCUGGCCUCAUUCCGGAGACACUUCCGGAUGGGCUUCCUGACGAUGCCGGCGUCCCAGGAGCACGCGUCCCUGCCCUGCGCCGGCAGCCUGGCCCCGCGCUCGCUGUCCUGCCACUCGGUGGGCAGCGGGGCGGAGAGCGCCCCGCCGAGCGGCAGGAGACCCCCGGCCAAGCCCAAGCGCCACCCCAGCACCCGGCUCAGCACGGCCAGCGACCCGUGGUGCCGCGAGGAGGGGGGCGGGGAGAAGAAGCCCGCUCUGAAGAAGUCUGAUUCCGGGGAGCAGCAGGGGAGGAAGGCACCCCCAGCGAAGCCCAAGAGGAGCCCCAACACCCAGCUCACGGUGUCCUUCAACGACACAGGGCACCCCAACACCCACCCCGUGGGAGGCAGGACCCCCCACCCUCGCUACACCCCCACAGAGCCCUCACAGCACCCCCAAACCCCGAGCCCAGCCGAGCCCAGCCAAGACGAACCAGUCUACAUAGAGAUGGUGGGGGACGUCUACAGGGAGCCCCAAAACCCCGCGGGGACCACCGAUUCGGACUCUGACCAGAGCGAGGCCAUCUACGAGGAGAUGAAGUACCCCCUUUCGGAGGACACCUCGGGGAUCCCCAAAACUAGAGACUGUAAACAUUCCGCCAAUCCCUCCCUGGUCCUCCCACCGCCGCCCUCCCAAAACCCCGCGAAGGACGGCAAGCCGAAACGGGACGGGACCCCGAACCUGGCCAUCUCCCCAAAUCCUCCGUGCGCUCGGGCGGCCACCCCCUUUUCCCUCUCCAAGAACUGCGAGAUCCCGCCCCCUUUCCCCAAUCUGCUGCAGCAGAGGCACCCCCUGCUGGCCUUCCCCCAGCCUGCGGCUUCGUCCAGCGGGGUCAACGUGACCCAGAAGGGGCUCAAGCUGGGGACGGUCAGUGUCCAGACUGGCCAGUCCAAACCCACAGUCCUCCAGAACAGCAACUCGCCGUCAGCCAGUCAGGCUGCGGCCAGCGCGGAGCCCACUCACACACAACGAGGAGGACCAGGAACAGGAGAGGGCGCUAAAGAUCUCUUACUGCUGCCCUCAGGCAGGGCACGCAGCCACUCCACCCCCCUCCCCCAUCCUCCCAACCCCCAAAACCCUCAGAAGCCUGAGAAGGAGCUUCCCAGCUCCCACAGCAUGAAACUGAGCAAGUCCAUGCUGCCAGUCUCCCAGCAGCAACCCACCGCGGGCAAAGACAAGGUCCCAAAGCCAGAUAAAACUGACUCCUUCCCCCCUCGCUCUGGCACCCCCUCGUCCCGGCACCUCUUUUCCAACCGCAGCUCAACCCCCCUGCCGGACCACUGCAUGGUAUGGACCUACCCCUCCGGGGGGCUACAGAGACCCCCAGCCUAUGAGAGCCUGAGGGGGUCGCCUGGACCAGCUUUGCCCAAAAGCAGUUCCACUUUCCUGGCCGCUCUGCCGCACUCCAAAGGGAGUCUCGGAGGUGCCCGUCAACAGCCCCCCUCUAGUCUCCCCGUCGCUCCUGGGUUGGGGGUGGGAGGUGACCCUAAGGGGGUUUCCAGCCCGGUCGAUGAAGGACUGCACAGGCCGUUGCAAAGGAGGGCGUCUUGCAGCAGAAGCCGCAAAGACGCGGACAAGCCAGCGGAGGACGCUAGAGCAUGGAACGGCAGCGGCGACGCCCCCAAGGAGGAGAAAGGGCUCGGCCAAUCAGGGAUCCCCGUGCGGAGCCAGGCUGCGGAGGUGGGCUCAGUUAAGGGGGUACCCAGGUCCACACUACCCCAACCCUGUCAGACAUUUCCUGCAUACCAUCGAAAUGGAGAUUUUGCUUGUCUGGGUCGCUCGGCUUCCACCUCUGGAGUGAGACACGCCUCCACCAACGUGCAGAGACAAUGCAGCCUCCCUCGAGGGGUCCUGGGACAGCCCCAGCCCCAGCCCCAGCUCCAGCCCCAGUCCCAGCCCCAGCUCCAGCCUCUUCCUCAGCUCCAGCCCCAGCUUCAGCCUCUUCCUCAGCUCCAGCCCCAGCUUCAGCCUCUUCCUCAGCUCCAGCCCCAGCUUCAGCCUCUUCCUCAGCUCCAGCCCCAGCUUCAGCCUCUUCCUCAGCUCCAGCCCCAGCCCCAGCCCCAGCGUGAUGGAAAGCUGCUGGAGGUGAUCGAGAGGAAGCGAUGCCUCUGCAAGGAGAUCAAGGCUCAUCGGAGACCAGAGCGCAGCCUCUGCAAGCAGGACAGCAUGCCCAUCCUGCCCAGCUGGAGGAAGACCCCUGAGACACGCAAGAGCGGGACCCCGCCCUGCCGCCGGCAGCAGGCUGUGCUGGUACGGACGGGUCGACCUCCUUCUGGGGACCGUGUGCGUCUCGUCCGACACGGCUAUUGGCUAGACUCUCUGGAGUGGGGGGGGGGGGGGGGGGGGGUCAUGGGCUCGGGCCCGUCGGGAUAG